GUAUCCUGUCUCUAUCCAGUAUGACAGCAGACGGCGUAUGCAUUGCAAAGUGCUUGUUGAUAUUACGUAAUCGUGAUCAGUAGAAGGAGCAUUAGAGCGAGUGGAUCUGUUGCGAGCGAAAGGAGGAGAGAACACGAGAGGUGAUUAUUUCGCAGACAAGUGACACUACGACAGUUCGACGACAGUGCCUGCCGUGGAUCAGGAGAUAUGCCGCCGAGUGCAGGCGCGCAUUGCUAACAUUGGCGAGGAUGCGAAUACGAUUAUCACCGGAUCGGUAACGAAGGUGAACGGCGAGCGGCACGAUAGCGCCAGCGCCAGCGUUAAUAUCAGCAAUAGCAGCAGUAGUAACGUUUCGUGGAACAUGACGACGAUCAAGGAUAGCGGUACGCCAGGCACGCCGCGUCAACUUAACGUCCUGAGCAACUUCAAGUACGAGUACUUUGUCGCGGGCAUCUCAGGCGGCGUCGUCUCGACCCUCAUGCUGCAUCCGCUGGAUCUCAUCAAGAUACGAUUCGCAGUAAAUGAUGGUCAUACGAAUGCAGUACCACGAUACAACGGACUCAGGAAUGCCAUCGUUCAGAUUGUUAAAACCGAGGGAGUGCGCGGACUUUAUAGAGGAGUAACUCCAAACAUUCUAGGAUCAGGGAGUUCGUGGGGUUUCUACUUUUUCUUCUAUAACACGAUAAAGACUUCGAUCCAAGGUGGUAAUUCGAAGAAACCGCUUGGUCCGUCCAUGCAUAUGUUUGCUGCCGCUGACGCUGGAGUGCUUACCUUGCUCAUGACUAAUCCAAUCUGGGUGGUGAAAACGCGGCUGUGUUUACAAUAUGCUGAGGACGUAAAUGUGGCGGAGUCCAAGAGGUAUAGCGGAAUGAUAGAUGCUUUAAGGAAGAUUUAUAGGACGGAGGGCAUUAGAGGCUUAUAUAAAGGUUUAGUUCCUGGAUUGUUCGGUGUUUCGCACGGUGCAAUACAAUUCAUGGUGUACGAGGAGAUGAAGAACAAGUAUUAUAAUUAUCUAAAUGUACCCAUUGAUACGAAAUUGAGUACAACCGAAUAUAUCGUCUUUGCCGCGAUGUCUAAACUGAUCGCUGCAGCAUCGACGUAUCCUUAUCAAGUGGUGAGAGCACGACUUCAGGAUCAUCAUCACGACUACCGGGGUACCUGGCAUUGCAUUCAAUGCACAUGGAGGUAUGAAAGUUGGCGUGGCUUUUACAAGGGUUUAGGUGUAAACCUCACCAGAGUGACACCGGCGACGGUUAUCACAUUUGUGGUCUACGAACAUAUGUUUCAUUAUCUGCAACCGAGGCGCGCUGCCGUGGAUGAAACGAUCACUGUGCCUGUCUCUACGGUUAACAAACUGAAGAAAUAAGAAGUAAAAAGGAUAUUCCUUUUGGAGCUUUGAUGAAAUCGAGCGAAAGUUUGAUUUGGAGUCCAAUUUUUCUUAUAUUCCCGGUGAUAUGUUUCGGUAUGCACCGAAAAAUAUGAUUUAUAGAAAUCAUAAUAAAGUUCUACUAUAACGAGAAAAACUUA